GGGGAAAUUUAUGUUCACUAAUGUAUAUUGUGGUCUCUAAGCGCGGAACUCUAUUAGUUAUGAACGCUAAGGUUUACUUUGGGUUUCCAGCCAAAGUGAUUCUACCAUCGGCCGAUAAAGUUUUGAAAUCAGCGACGCAAUCAUCGCUGUUCACAACUAGAUUUGACAAAGCCGAGCAAGAAGAUCGUGAGGUUUUGGAACAUCAUGUAACGAUGGUCGAAUCAAAGGACAAAGUCACCAAUGUUGGCGGAAGGAAGGUAUGCUGGAUGUACAGGAAAGGCCGCUGUAGGUUCGGGAAGAAAUGUCAAAUGUUCCACGACAGCGAGCUUAGAGAACAAAGAACUAUAAAAAGACCAUCAAACCAAGACCAACCAAUCAGCUUCAAGGAUGAUGGAUUUCAAAUUCAAACCGACCAAUCAGAGCAGCCCAAGAAGAAGCGUUACGGCGUGACAAACACUCUAGCGCCACCCAACAAAGCUUUGGCGCAAAUUAAACGAAUUAAAAAACAAGAACAAUAUUUUGAUCGAACGAAAAAAACUUGAUGAAACAAGAAAUGGCAGCAUUGAGUUCCAACACCACUGAAGAUGGGUUUAGUUUUUAAACAAAGCGUUUAAAAUGACUACAAUUCUGUUAUCACAUAGAUAUAAUGGCCAUCAUGUGUAUAUUAAAACUAUAGGAAAGGUAUUUUGUUUUUUGUUAAAAUAUUCGUAUCAAAGCAACUAGUUAUGAAUGCUUACUUAUGUUUUCACAGAUAUAUAAGAUUGAUAUGCAAGCAUGACCAGACAAAAAAAAGGAUUUCAAACUAAAUCCGUCUACAAGAAUUUUAUCAGUGAUUGUUUUUGUUUUUUUUUCCAAAAAGCGGGCGUUAGCAACCCACUAAGCCCCCCCUCAACUGCUUCACUGUUUAUGCAUUUAUUUUACAGA